GAAAAAGGAAUAUUUCCAUAUAUCCUACUUAUAGUCUAUUCGGACCAACAAUAAUAGAAGAAUGAAAACAAAUGCAACCAACAUUUCCCAUACAAAAAGACCACACUCUUUUUAUUGAAGCAAUAAAGUGUCACCACAUUAUAGAACCCUGAAAAACAAACCAUAUUAACAAACUCAUCUCCCCCUUGCAAAAACUCUCUCCCAAAGGCAAAAACACCAGUCUCUACCAUCACAACUACCACCACCAUCACCAACAUGUCGGCCAAGGACUGCGGCCACCACGACGAGGAGCGUCGCAAGCUACACCGCCGCCUAUUCGCCGCCCUACUUGGCUUCGUAAUCUUGAUCCUCUUCAUCAUCCUUCUCAUUUUUCUAAUACUUAGGCCAACAAAGCCACAUUUCAUCCUCCAAGAUGCCACUAUCUAUUCCUUCAACAUAUCCUCUCCAAAUUUCCUCACCACCAACUUCCAAAUUACCUUAGCCUCUCGAAAUCCAAAUGACAAAAUUGGAAUAUACUAUGACAAACUCGAUGUCUAUGCAACUUAUCGUGGCCAACAAAUUACUCUCCCUACACUUAUACCACAAACAUAUCAAGGUCAUAAAGAUUUUACAAUAUGGUCACCUUUUGUGUAUGGUAACUCCGUCCCUAUCGCGCCGUAUCUCACUGAGAGUCUUAACCAAGAUCAAAUGGCUGGAACUGUGUUGAUAAAUGUUAAAGUUGAUGGAAGCGUUAGAUGGAAAGUUGGAACAUUUGUUUCAGGGAAGUAUCAUUUGAAUGUCAAUUGUCCAGCUUAUGUUGGUGUUGGUGGAAAAAUGAUUGGAAAUAGUAUUGCUGUUGGUUCAGCUAUGAAGUAUCAAUUGGUACAAAAUUGUCAUGUGGAUGUUUGAGCAAUUAAUUAAUUCUAUGGUAUCUAACUCUCCACACCUUUUCCUUUUUUUUUUUUAAGGAUUAUAGUAUGUAAUAGCUUGAUCUAUGAGGAUGUAUAAUUCCAGAAAAUGCAAAGUUCUUGUGGAAUUUAUUGAUGUUAUUAUGGUUAUAAUUAACUUGGCAUUCUCCUC